AGGGCGGCGGGCGCCCCCCGGGGAAGAUGAAGGCGGAAGGCGGCGACCACUCCAUGAUCAACCUGUCGGUGCAGCAGGUCCUGAGCCUCUGGGCCCACGGGACGGUGCUGAGGAACCUCACGGAGAUGUGGUACUGGAUCUUUCUCUGGGCCCUCUUCUCGUCGCUCUUCGUCCAUGGUGCUGCGGGCGUGCUGAUGUUCGUGACGCUGCAGAGGCACAGGCAGGGCAGGUUGAUCUCGGUCAUCGCGGUCAGCGUGGGAUUCCUGGCGUCCAUCACCGGGGCCAUGAUCACUAGUGCAGCGGUGGCUGGCAUCUACAGAGUGGCAGGGAAGAACAUGGCGCCCUUGGAGGCGCUGGUGUGGGGCGUCGGGCAGACUGUACUCACCUUAAUCAUCUCCUUUUCAAGGAUCCUCGCCACACUCUGAAGCCUCUGUGGGAAUGCCCGACCUCACACAAGCAAACAGAGCGCCGGAUCACGGUGUUGUUAACCAGUAGAAACAGAAUGGCACGGGGCUGUGCGCCCUCCCGGGCCCUGGCGAAGGAAGCCCUGGCGCUGUGGAGAGAGACUGCCCUCUGGGGUUGGAGCGAAUGCACUACCGCACUGCGCCUUUGGUGCCUCCAUCCCAGGCAAGGUGCGCGAAGACACUCCGGGAAGCCAC